GGCUCUGCCCGGAUCUCUUGUUACGGCCGCCAUUUUAAUACUCUGCUCGGCUUCGCUCGCUUGUCCCUUCUCUCGUCUUGUUUGUGUGUUUGUGUGUGUGUUGUGCGCGCUUCUUCUCGGCCCUUCUUGGCCAUGGAGGACAACACCGACUACGGCAGCAGCAACAACAACAACGCGGGCUCUGGCGCCGGCGGGGACGACUUCGCCGAGGGCUCCAAGAUCAACGCCAGCAAGAACCAGCAAGAUGACGGGUACGAAGGGCGGACGAGCAGUAAAAUGUUCAUUGGAGGCCUAAGCUGGGAUACGAGCAAAAAAGAUUUGACAGAGUAUUUGUCUCGCUUUGGAGAAGUGGUGGACUGCACAAUUAAAACAGAUCCUGUCACAGGGAGGUCUAGAGGCUUUGGCUUUGUGCUUUUCAAAGAUGCUGCCAGUGUUGAGAAGGUUUUGGAACUGAAGGAACACAAAUUGGAUGGCAAGUUAAUAGAUCCCAAAAGGGCAAAAGCUUUAAAGGGGAAAGAGCCACCCAAAAAAGUGUUUGUUGGUGGACUGAGUCCAGAUACAUCUGAAGAGCAAAUAAAGGAAUAUUUUGGUGGCUUUGGAGAGAUAGAAAAUAUUGAGCUUCCCAUGGACACGAAGACAAAUGAAAGAAGGGGUUUCUGUUUCAUCACAUACUCAGACGAAGAACCGGUAAAGAAAUUGUUGGAAAGCAGAUACCAUCAAAUUGGUUCUGGAAAGUGUGAGAUAAAGGUAGCACAGCCCAAAGAUGUAUAUAGGCAGCAACAGCAGCAACAGAAGGGAGGCAGAGGCGCUUCAUCUGGUGGGCGUGGUGGUUCCAGAGGACGUGGCAGGGGUCAAGGCCAAAGCUGGAACCAAGGGUAUAACAACUAUUAUGAUCAAGGAUAUGGAAGUUACAACAGUCCUUACAGCGAUCAGAGUUACAGCAGCUAUGGUGGAUAUGAUUAUUCUGGGUACAACUACCCAAGUUAUGGCUAUGGACAGGGAUAUGCUGACUACAGUGGACAGCAAAGCACGUAUGGAAAGGCAUCCCGAGGUGGCGGUAAUCACCAAAACAACUACCAGCCAUACUAAAGGAAAACCUGGAAAGAAACAGGUAGAUUCUACAGCAAAGCCAUCUUGCAGAGCAUCAGGACUGACUGGAGGGUGGUCUUCGUGACAUGAGAUUAUUUUGUAAAAGACUUUUAGUGUAUGACACAACAGUGUCCAUCUGUACAUAGCGGCCGAAUAGUUUUCUUUAUGGUUUUUACUUUUUGUCCUUUUGUCAUCUGUGUUAUGAUGCCAAUGUGGUUCUUGUGUUUAUACAAUUUUUAUUUGUAUUUCUUUGUUGAAUGACUCAAAUAAAAAUGCUUACCUUCUGUGA